AUGUUUACUGGUGCACAUCAUUUUAUCAUCAAUGGUGGCAAUUUUACAGCCAUUUGUAAGUUGUACAAAGAUAAAAAAAUCACUCAAACUCUGAAAAUAUUAUCUACAGCAAGUGAUGAGGCCACUAAGGUUGACCAGUGGCUUAAAGCUCCAGAUUGCUCUAGCAAUUAUGUGACUGCAGAAGACAAAAAAUUACAAGGCACUGGCAAAUGGAUAUUUGACCUUGAUGAAUACAAGAAAUGGAAAUCUGAGCCUGGUGUAUUGUGGAUUCAAGGACCAGCUGGAUCAGGAAAAACUAUUUUGACAACCACAAUCCUCCAAGAUAUUAAAGAAGUUCACAAAAAUGCUGUUUGGUAUCAUUAUUUUGAUACUCGGGACAAUACUGGUCUAAAAACUACAUACCGUGGAUUCCUGCUGUCUCUUAUCAAGCAAAUGGGGCUGGGGAAUGAACAAAUCAAUCCUGCACUCUAUGCUCUCUAUAAGACAAACAAAUUUAAUGGAAUCACAAUUGAAGAACUUCAGAAACUGCUGAAAACCGUGAUUGAAGAGAGAAAUGCAGGAUACAUCGUUGUUGAUGCAAUGGAUGAAUGCAAAGAAGCAGACAAAGUAUCAAAGUGGUUGUCCUCACACUCAAGUCAACUGUGGAUGCUUGUGACAAGCAGAUUACCAGCAGUUGGAUUUGAAAACGGGAUUAUAAACAUUGCACUUGGAGAGAAAGGGUCAAGAAUGAAUGCAGAUAUAGAACUGUAUCUGAAAUCAACAAUUGACACUAUACCAAGAUUCAGAGACACAACCAGGGAUUAUAUAAAGGAAUCAUUGAAAAACGGUGCUCAUGGGGUAUUCCGUUGGGUUGAGUGCCAACUUAGAGCAGUGCAACAAUGUACUUCCCAUACAAGUGUGAAGAAGGCCCUGGGUAAACUCCCCAAAGACUUGGAGGAAACAUAUGAACAAGCUUUGAAAAGGUGUAAAGACCAGGGAAAUGCAGAAGAAGCACAACAUUUGCUUUUGUGGUUGCUCUAUGCAUAUGAGCCAUUGACAAAAAGGCAAUUUGGUGAAAUAUUGGCAGUUGACCUAGGAGAGCAGGUUGUUAAUCCUUACAUGGAAUUCAAAGAGGGACUGGUUAUUGACACCACAAUUGUGACUGUGGGACAGGACAAAAUUGUCCAACUUGCCCAUGCUUCAGUCAAGGAGUAUCUCAUUUCCUAUUCUCUUCAAAAAGAGACCCAAGAUCUAUUUCAAUUGAAUGAAAAACUGGCUCAUGAUAUUAUGACACAAACAACCAUCAUCUACUUGAUGCAGAAAGAAAAUAUUGACAGUGGCUAUUAUAGGUCUUUUGCUCAUUACAGUGUGGAGAAAUGGCUGUCUCAUGCAUCAAAGGUGGAAGAGUACAAGUUAAAAGGCAAAGCCCAAAACUUGAUUCACAGAAUGUUGGAAAAUAAUAACCAGUAUUUUGCGAGAUGGGAAACAAUAUACAGGAGACAGAGAUAUUUCAGUCCAAAAACACCAUUAUACUAUGGAGCACUGAAUGGCUUAUGUGAGGUAGUCCCAAAGCUUAUCAGUGAGCUAAACCUGGUCAAUCUACAAGGGGGACAAUACAGAUAUGCACUCCUGGCUGCUGCAAAUAGGGGGAAUGAAGCCAUUGUCAAGUUGCUGCUGGAGAAUGGUGCAGAUGUCAAUGCACAAGGAGGGGAAUAUAGUAAUGCACUCCAGGCUGCUGCUCAUGCAAGAGAUGAAGCCAUUGUCAAGUUGCUGCUGGAGAAUGGUGCAGAUGUCAAUGCACAAGGAGGGGAAUAUGGUAAUGCACUCCAGGCUGCUGCUCAUGCAAGAGAUGAAGCAAUUGUCAAGUUACUGCUGGAAAAGGGGGCAGAUGUCAAUGCCCAAGGAGGGGAAUAUGGUAAUGCACUCCAGGCUGCUGCUCAUGCAAGAGAUGAAGCAAUUGUCAAGUUACUGCUGGAAAAGGGGGCAGAUGUCAAUGCACAAGGAGGGGAAUAUGGUAAUGCACUCCAGGCUGCUGCAUACCAGGAGAAUGAAGUAAUUGUCAAGUUACUGCUGGAGAAGGGGGCAGAUGUCAAUGCCCAAGGAGGCAAAUAUGGUAAUGCACUCCAGGCUGCUGCUCAUGCAGGAGAUGAAGCAAUUGUCAAGUUACUGCUGGAGAUGGGUGCAGAUGUCAAUACACAAGGAGGGAAAUAA